AUGGAGCAUACUUUCUUGACUAUACAUAAUUUACAUCCGGACGCUAAUAUCCUUUACGCGUCUGAUUCCAUCUUUGAAAUCCUUGGAUACUCUCCACAGGACGUCAUCAAUAAGUCUGCUUUCGAAUUCUUUCAUCCGGAUGAAAUCCCAUAUGCGCGAUCCGUCCAUAGUCGCGGCGUCUUGCUGGACAAGGCGGCCGUUCUGCACUAUGCACGUCUUCGCUCUUGUGAUGGUCGUUGGGUAAGCAGACGUGCUCUGGACGCACCACAAGUCAGGCGUCUCUUCUCACGCUCCCCUAGAGACCCACGAUAUCACAUGUUGCAACAUCUGUCCCCUAAGUUCAGGUUGCCACCCGUAGAGCGUGAACCCCGAGCUGCUCUUAUCCUCAAUCGGUUCACUAGAACAUUGACUGUCAUGUUUGCAACCGAUGCUGUCGCCUCCAUCCUCGGGGUUCCUGCCGAACAAGUCCAGCAUAAAAGCUUCUACGAAUGCAUUCGAGAGACCUGCUUGGAUGAUGCGCUUAAGUGCAUUGAGAGUGCGAAGGCCAAUGAUUCCAUUGCUUACUUGCGAUUCUGGUCUAGAGAUCCACGACGACCCGAAGACUUCGAGGACGAAGAGAGCAAUGUCGACGAGGAGUCGACGAUUGAUGGAGUUGAUGAGCGAAAUGAAAGCGAGGGACCUCGUCAUCUCAGAAACGGCACCAGCAACAGCCCGUACCCAGGCCAGAAUGGAUCUGGAAGCGGCUUAAUGGGACCGAACCAGCAACGACGUGCUGAGAGCCGCCGCUCUAGCGAUUCUGAGGGAGGUGGCGUUAAGUUGGAUGGUGCCAUGGAUAUCGACUCUAACUCCAACUCCAACUCCCACCGGGGCUCAGCAGGUCCCUCCAUCAAGGCAGAGCCCGAUGUGGACAUGCAGGAUGGCACUACUUCCAACGAAACAUCGGGUGAAUCCCGCACUACGAGCUCCAAUGCUCUGGGCUCUAGUUCACGAGCUGCUGGUUAUCAGACUCCUCUCACACCACAGUCGCCACAACCGCUUGAGGAUAACGCACCCCAAGCACGCAGAUCGCGCAGCCGCCCAGCACGACAAUUGGCACCUUCUGUCGAGCUGGAAGCGGUCGUCUCAUGUACCUCUGACGGUCUUGUCGUCAUCCUCCGCCCAGCAAGACCUCAGAUUCCCAGUGCCGAGCCUCUCCAAAUCCCUUCUACCUUCGACCAUGGUGUGUUCGCUGCUCCUUGGGCGCAACAACCUGUGUAUCCCCAGUAUCCUCACGAGGCUGUUCACAAUUUCCAAGCUCCAUAUGCUCCACACCAUAUGCCAUUGCGAAGUGGUAUCCAAGCUGCCGGCGGGCCACCUAUGGAUCAGCUCAUGCAGUCCAUUAGAGAUGUUGCUGUAUUCGCUUGGGCCCUCGUGGGUAUCAACGGAAAUAUAGCAUCUUAUGGUCAUGGUCAGCCGUCAGGAGAGGCUCAACCUCCCGACGGUCUUCCCAUAUGGGAUCCCGAAGCGGGAGACGCCUCAUACGAAGGGCCUUACAACCAGGCUGCUCAGCGAUGGGCUCGAGAGGCCCAACGACAGCAGUCAUCGCUCCACCAGCAGGACUCGGUGUCAACUGAGUUCUCGAUGGAGAGAACAGCAGAUUACAGCACAACUGGAAUGGGAUAUCAGAACCAUGCAACCAAUGGCCAUGGUAACUCAUGGUAUUCACAACCAUUGGCUCAUCAACGCAACCAAGAGGCGUUCGCCCAGAACAGCCGUCAGCACCAUCAGGAUCCCUCCAACAUGACGGCUUCUUCAGUGAACCAACCUCCAAGCCAGUGGAGUGACGGACAGCAUUGGCUUGGAAACCCUCAAGUUCCUACGACGUCAGCCGAGGAUCACCAUAACCAUACAAACGGAUGGCAUUAG